CAUUGUGACAGUGAAAAUGAAUUGGUUGGCGUUGGCAAUUUCCAUAUCGGCAACACUGAAUAUUGCGUUGGCAUGCAGUCGGGUGCCAUAUGGAACAACGGCUGCGAAAUCGCCGGUAGAUGAAAGUUAUGCCAUUGUUAUUGCGGGUAACCCGCAGACAUAUAUACCGGGACAGAAAUAUAAUGUAUCCCUUGUGGCCUCCAACGAUCAAGUUUUCAUAAGCUUUAUGCUGGGAGUGGAAUCCGAAAAUGGCGGUGUCGACGCCAUGGAUGUUGUUGGCACAUUCGAAAUUGCCGAUUUGGCUGAAACCCGUUUCAGUCCCCGCUGUGCGAAUUUAGUCGAAAAUACCAAUACAAAUGUCAAGCAGCGUAUCGAUGUGGUAUGGGUUGCCCCAGCAGCCACCGGCAUGGGUUGUGUUCUACUAAGGGCCACGGUAAUACAACAUCGUGAUGUUUGGUUUAUGGAUGACGGGUUUUUAACGAAAAAAUUGUGUGAAGAAGAAAUCGAUGAUAUCGAUAGUCAACCGACAAUUGUCGAUCCCUGUUGUGCUUGUGAUGAGGCUAAAUAUGAACUGACAUUUGAGGGUAAAUGGUCAAGACAUACCCAUCCGAAAGAUUUUCCGGCAAAUAGUUGGCGUACACGAUUUAGUGAUAUUAUUGGGGCUUCUCAUACGGUGGACUAUCGUUUUUGGCAGUACGGAGAAUUGGCCAGUGAGGGUUUGAGGGAAAUUGCCGAACAUGGUUCCACAAGAACCUUGGAAACGGAGCUUAAAGAUAAGAGCGAUCAAAUCCGCACAAUUAUUAAAGCACGCGGCAUUGCCUAUCCCGAUGUCACGGGCAAGACUCAUGCAGUGUUCCGAGUCGACUCCCAGCAUCACUUGAUUUCCUUCGUUUCCAUGAUUGACCCUUCACCAGAUUGGAUUGUGGGCGUUUCAGGCUUGGAGUUAUGUUUAUCCAAUUGUACUUGGGUCGAAACGAAGGUCUAUAAUUUAUAUCCCUGGGAUGUGGGCACCGAUAUGGGUCCAUCGUAUAUGUCGGCGGAUCAGCCUCAGGUUCCACCGGAUGUUAUACGGCGCAUCAAAUCGAAUUCGCCAAAUGAUCCUAGAUCUCCAUUCUAUGAUAGCACUGGAGCUCCCAUGAAACCUCUGGCAACGGUGUAUUUGAAUCGUCGCAGAUUGUACGAGAAGACAUGUGAUAAUACCGAAUCCGAAAACGAACCACUCGAAUGUGCUACACAUCAUUGGUCCCCGUGGGAUGAAUGCUCAGCAAAAUGUGGUCCUGGCACACAAUAUCGAACCAGGGAAUUUAAAAAUCCCGCUGCAGCGCAAAGGGUGCGUUGUCGAACAAGUUUACGACAGGAGCAGGCAUGUAUGGGACGUCAGUGUGAAGCUGAGAAUGGAGGAGAUGUUGAGGAGGUGGUGUAUGCUCCCACGAAUGAUAUGCCAGAGUGUGCGGUGUCCGAUUGGGGUGAAUGGUCAUCGUGUUCCGUCUCAUGUGGCAAGGGAUUUGAGACAAGGAGGCGGCGUUAUUUGGCCCGGGGUGCAAAGAAGAAAUGUCAGCCCAUUUUACGUUUGGUCUUGGAAGAGAAAAGGGGUUGUCGUGCCUCGGACUGUGGUGGCGAUAUUGGUGACAGUGACGCGGGAGAUAAUGGUGGUGAUGCUGAGGACAAUGAAGUUGAUGGAACUCGUUCCCUUUUCGGAAACAUUGAUGACAACAUACGUUAUAGGGACCUGGAAAGUUAUAGCCACCAACUGGAUGAUUAUAUACCUCCCGAAUGUGGGGUAUCUCACUGGUCCGAUUUCUCCCCUUGCUUGGGUCCUUGUGGUGGCAAAGGCACCAGUGAAAGACAACGUGUGGUUUGGAACAAAGACGAAGUGUAUGGAGUACGCAAUCCAAAUCGUGAUCCCAAUGUUGAUCCCUGUCGCCAUAUCAAACGCCGUGAAGUGGUGACCUGCAACACCCUAAACUGUGAUGCCAUUGUACCACCCCAAUGUUAUGAAGUUUUAAAACCCAGUCAUUGUCGUGAUAGCGAUGUCGCCAAUUAUUGGUAUUACGAUCACAUGUCUGAUCAGUGUGCGAUUUUCUGGGCCGAUAAAUGUGAUCGGAAUCGCAAUAAAUUUAAAUCCAAAGAAGAGUGUGAGGAGACCUGUCGCAUACCACGCAAGAAAAUGGAAAUGCAACAGGAAAAUAUUCGCGCCGAUCCCAUUGAUUGUGUGGUCAGUAAUUGGAUGAGUCAUGCGUGUAAUGUCACCUGUGGAGAAGGGGCGCAAAUUAAGACACGUAAGGUCUUACGUUCCCCGAAAUAUGGUGGUAAACCCUGCCCUAAACAUUUGGUGAAAAUUGAAAAAUGUUAUCAACGUUGUGAUGACAUCUACUCCGUAGGAGGUUAUGUACCACAGAGUAAUGAUGAGCGGAGACGUCAUCAUAGUCAUGUGAAAGUGGAACCACAACAAAUUGAGGAGAAAGAUGAAUGUCGUUAUUCCGAAUGGUCAGUGUGGACACCAUGCACCGCAACAUGUGGUGAUAAUUCCUAUCGUCAGCGAACACGAACUCUACUGAACAUUGAGAUGAGUUAUAAGUGCAAGGAUCGUGUCAUUGUGGAGAAGUGUAAAAUGUUACCAUGUCUGCUGAAUAAUAAUGAGGAAUAG